UUUGGAAACUUACGUAGUCUUGCCACGGUUCUCGCUGUCCGCCUGCCUCCUUCUCUCUGUGGACGGCCGGAGGAGAGUAAAGGAAACCGCUGGGGCUGUCGUCGUGAGGAGCGCAGGGCCUGUCGAGGGCCCGGCCAUGAUUUAAUCACGGAAAAACCGGGACUCGAAAAGGAGCAAGAGGAGAAAAGAGACGAGAGGAGGAGAGCGGCCGUUGGAGAUGUGCGGUCGGGCCGAGAUUGCUGCGGUAACCCUGUCUAGGCCUGGACUGAGCAGAUUGUUCUGAGAGGAAACGAGUAACAAACAGGGGAAGUGAACAUGGCUGGGACCUCUGCCUUCUUUUCCAACGGACCCGUUCCGUGGAUGGACAACGACGCAGAGAUGAACAACCUGUACCGAGACCUGGAGCUGGGCACUGUACUGACUCUGUAUUACUCUAAGAAGUCCCAGCGGCCUGAAAGAAGGACUUUUCAAGUAAAACUGGAGACCAGGACUAUUAUCUGGACCCGCAGCACAGAGAAAAUUGAAGGAGAGAUUGACAUUCGAGAGAUUAAAGAAAUCCGCUCCGGCCUGAAGUCUCGUGAUUUUGAUCGCCACGAUGACCUGUCAACUAAGCCUGAUCAAGCGUACUGCUUCGUUAUUCUGUAUGGCACGGAGUUUCGCCUUAAAUCCCUCAGCCUCUCAGCGACGUCUGACGAUGAAAUGACCAUGUGGGUGAAGGGGUUAAACUGGCUUAUGACUGAUACACUGAAGUCACCAACACCGCUUCAAAUAGAACGGUGGUUACGCAAACAGUUCUAUGCAGUUGAUCGCAACAGAGAGGACAGGAUAUCCUGUAAGGAUCUGAAGAACAUGCUGAGCCAGGUCAACUUUAAGGUGCCAAACAUGAGGUUCCUCAAAGAGAAACUUCCGGACUCUGAGAUGAGGAAUGGUGAUGUGUCCUUCAGCCAGUUUGCCCAGCUGUAUCGUAACCUCAUGUUUGACGCUCAGAAAAAUAUGGAUUUUCCAUUUCUUCAAAGGUUCACUGAUAAACCAGAAGAGAGGGUCUCCCUGGAGGACUUUAAGAGCUUCCUUCUUGACUCUCAAAAGGAGCCGUGGGCCGUAGACAACAACAAGGUUCAGGAGUUUAUGUUUAACUACCUGAAGGAUCCGCUGAGAGAAGUGGAGCAGCCAUAUUUUCAUCAAGAUGAAUUCCUCACAUACCUCUUCUCCAAAGAGAACACCAUUUGGGACUCCUCCUUGGACCAAGUAUGUCCUGAAAAUAUGAACAACCCCCUAUCCCACUACUGGAUCUCCUCUUCACACAACACCUACCUGACGGGGGACCAGUUUUCCAGUGAGUCGUCCCUGGAGGCGUAUGCUCGCUGUCUGAGGAUGGGAUGUCGCUGCAUAGAAUUGGACUGCUGGGACGGUCCAGAUGGAAUGCCGGUCAUCUACCACGGACACACCCUCACGUCAAAAAUCAAGUUUAUGGACGUCCUGAUCACCAUCAAAGAGCAUGCGUUUGUCACUUCUGACUAUCCCAUCAUCCUGUCCAUCGAGGACCACUGUAGUAUUGUUCAGCAGAGGAAUAUGGCCACGCAGUUUAAGAAGAUGUUUGGAGACAUGCUGCUGACCAAGCCGGUGGAUAUGGCAGCAGAUGGCCUGCCCUCACCCAACCAGCUCAAGAAGAAGAUUCUCAUCAAGCACAAGAAGCUUGCAGAGGGUAGUGCUUACGAGGAAGUGUCCACUUCCACAACUUACUCCGAGAAUGAUAUCAGCAACUCCAUCAGAAAUGGCAUCUUAUUCCUGGAAGAUCCCAUUAACCAUGAGUGGUACCCUCACUUCUUCGUUCUGACCAGCAGUACGAUCUACUACUCAGAAGAGACAUCUGGUAACCAGGGUAACGACGAUGAGGAAGAGCAUAGAGAGGUGUCCAAUGCUAUGGACCAGCACGUGACAGAAAAAUGGUUCCACGGGAAGUUAGGUGCUGGGCGGGAUGGUCGACAGAUCGCUGAGAGGCUACUGUCCGAUUACUGCCACGAGACUGGAGCUCCUGAUGGCUCCUUCCUGGUUCGGGAGAGUGAAACCUUUGUUGGAGACUACACUCUGUCUUUCUGGCGUUCUGGUCGGGUGCAGCACUGUCGUAUCCACUCUCGCCAAGAGGCCGGCAGCCCCAAGUUCUACCUGACUGACAACCUGGUGUUCGACUCGCUCUUUGCCCUAAUCUGCCACUACCAGCAGGUGGCGCUGCGCUGUAACGAGUUUGAGAUGAAGCUGACGGAGCCGGUGCCUCAGACCAACGCCCACGAGAGCAAAGAGUGGUACCAUGCCAACCUGUCGAGGAGUCAGGCAGAGAACAUGCUGAUGAGGGUUCCUCGUGAUGGGGCUUUUCUUGUCAGGAAGCGAGCUGAGCCCAACUCCUUUGCCAUUUCAUUCAGGGCUGAGGGUAAGAUCAAGCACUGUCGAGUUCAGCAAGAAGGUCAGACUGUGGUGCUGGGCACCUCUGAGUUCGACAGCUUAGUAGAUCUCAUCAGCUACUACGAACAUCACCCUCUGUAUCGCAAGAUGAAGCUGCGCUAUCCCAUCAACGAGGACACACUGGAGAAGAUCGGCACUGCUGAGCCAGAUUACGGGUCGCUGUAUGAAGGCAGGAAUCCUGGCUUUUAUGUUGAGGCUAAUCAAAUGCCAACUUUCAAGUGCACGGUGCGAGCCAUGUACGAGUACAGAGCUCAGAGAGACGACGAGCUCUCCUUCACCAAGAACGCCGUCAUCACCAACGUAGACAAACAGGAAGGAGGAUGGUGGAAAGGCGACAGUGGAGGAAAGAAGCAGAUGUGGUUUCCUGCAAACUACGUGGAGGAGAUCAGCCAAGGAGUAGCAGAGCCUGACAGAACCGAGAUGACAGAAAACAGCCCUCUUGGAGAUCUACUGAGAGGAAGCGUGGAUGUGCCUUCCUGUCAGAUUGCUGUUCGUCCUGAAGGGAAGGGCAGCCGACCGCACGUCUUCACCCUGGUGUCAAAUAGCCCUACACGUCAGGUUCUGGAUGUGGCUGCCUCCAACCAAGAAGAACUGAAUCAGUGGGUGCUCAAGAUUCGUGAAGUGGCCAUGACCUCAGAGGCCAAGCUGGAGGAGGGGAAGAUGAUGGAAAGGAGGAAGAAGAUUGCACUGGAGUUAUCAGAGCUAGUUGUCUACUGUAGACCUGUGCCGUUUGAUGAAGAGAAGAUUGGCACAGAGCGGGCAUGUUUCCGUGACAUGUCAUCUUUCCCCGAGACCAAAGCAGAAAAGUACGUCAACAAAAUCAAGGGGAAGAAGUUCCUGCAGUACAACCGGCUGCAGCUGUCAAGGAUCUACCCCAGAGGCCAGCGGUUAGACUCCUCCAACUAUGACCCUCUCCCCAUGUGGCUCUGCGGUUCCCAGCUGGUCGCACUAAACUUCCAGACAGCAGACAAGCCCAUGCAGAUGAACCAGGCUCUGUUUAUGCUAAAUGGACGGAGCGGCUACAUCCUUCAGCCUCCCAUUAUGAGGGACGACAACUUUGACCCGUUUGACCGACCUACACUUCGAGGAGUCGAUCAAGUCACUCUCGUCAUAGAGGUCUUGGGUGCACGGCACUUGCCUAAGCAUGGCCGAGGCAUCGUUUGUCCGCUCAUAGAGAUCGAGGUGUGUGGAGCGGAGUAUGACAAUGCCAAGCAAAAAACCGACUCAGAAGCUAAUAAUGGUCUUAAUCCCACGUGGCCAAGAAAGCCGUUCCAGUUCACCGUGUGCAACUCUGCCUUUGCUUUCCUGCGGUUUGGGGUUUAUGAAAUCGACAUGUUCAAUGACCAAAACUUUCUGGCUCAGGCCACAUUCCCCAUUCAAGGCCUCAAGCCAGGCUACCGGUCAGUCCCUCUGAAGAACAGCUUCAACGAAGAUUUGGAGUUGGCUUCUCUGUUAGUCCACGUGGAUAUCAUGAGAGGCAGGGAUGAAAACGGUGAAGUUAUGAGCCCGUUCUUUGCCGUCGGGCCCACAACAGUGUCAGCAUCAACCCAAAUAGGGCGGGAGCGUUUUGGGGAGCUGAGCUCCGUGUCCUCCACCUCCUCCUCCAUGUCUCCUCUGCCCUCGUCGCCGGCUCAGGCCUUGGCCUACAGAGGGAGGGAGGGCUCUUUUGAAUCUCGCUAUCAGUCUCCCAUCGAUGAUUUCAGGGUGACCCAGGAGGCUCUGCUGGACCACAUGGACCCACAGAACAGAAGGAUCCUGCGGCGGGCCAGAGUGGGCGGAGAGAACCGCGUCUAAGUCCAAGCCAAUCAGGACUCAGUUCUGUCAGCCCCGAUCCCCCCAACCUUUCCCCCCACCCAGCCGCCUUUCCACGUACUGAUGAUGUCACUGACUGCUGUGAUCACUGUUUCCAUGGAAACGCCCACCACUGCUUUGGCCUACAUUUCAGGCAGCUCUCCCUCCUUCUAUUCCUCGAACAUCCCCCCCUCCCUCCUCGAUGAGGGAGGGGCUGAGACGCUGGAGGGGCUGGGGUCGCAGAGAGGAAGCUGACGGCUGCGGACAGGAAGAAGAAACACUGACAGAAAAACAA